GCUAUGCUCUCCCACAAAGCUGUUUAUUGUUGUAAUGAGUCACUGCAAACCUCAAACCAUGGCUCCACCUGGACCUGUUGUGACAAGCUGCAGAAAGCUGUAUUAGUGAAAAGCAAUGUGUGUGAGAUAGAACCACAUUUCCAUCCUGUCUUGUCAUUGCCAUCUGACCUUCCUCUUCACUUAUACCUUGGGGCUUUGUUAAAGAACAGAGAAGUUAGAGGAGAUGCUGUGGACAACACUCGCCACCCUUACUAUACAAACAGUUCCUUUCCAGCUAGUGCUACUCCAGAGUCUUUAUAUGACCCACGUAAGGAUGGAAGGAGCAGCGCAAGGGUGAAUAAUUUGGUGACUUUAAACACCUUUCACAAUGAUGCACAAGCUGAAGAUAAUCAUACCAGUGCGACAACACCAAUUUCUCAGAAAUCUUCCUUGCAGGGGUUUUCUAGCCAGUUUAAUGACUUCACAAGUCUUUCCUCCUCUGAAGAUAUCGGUAUGAGGACACCAACGUAUCAGAAAUCCUCCUCACAGACCCAGGACCCAAGUAUUGUGGUCAGCACGACAAGACGAAGUCUGAGGAGCGAAAGUUCAUAUGACAUUGAUAAUAUUGUUAUUCCCAUGAAUCUGGUGGCACCUAUUAAACUGGAGAAACUUCAGUACAAAGAAAUCCUCACUCCCAGUUUUAAAGAGAUGGUCUAUGAACCUUUGGAAGCUCCUCCUGAUAUAGAGUUGGAAGAUUUAUCAGAUGAUGUAUAUUCUCGUCGACAUGAGAAGUAUGAGCAGAAAGAAAAGGCCCGCUGGUCAUUUUGGCAAGAGAACAAAUGUCCCAAGAAGAGCAGAUAUUCAAGUCAUGGUUUUGCUGUAUGGUCAGGACAGGUGUUUCCAUGUAAUGGAGAGAUUUACAGUCCAGGUUCUAUGUCACCGGUUUCUUUCCACACGCUGUCUCCUUAUACCAAGGAACCUCCAAACCAACAGCCAUCAGAUAAACUGCAGCAUGAGAAGGUUGAGCAGUGGGAGCAAAGAGUAUUUCCUUUACCAGAGGUGGCUUCUCUGGCCUUGGUGAAUAUGCACAGAUCGGUGCUGCACACUAGUCAACUAACGCAUGUGGAAAAUGAGCGGCAACAUUCUCAGACCAGCGUGAACAACCAGUCAUGAUGCAGUCAUCACUUACAAUCAUGGAACCAAUCCAUAGCUUGAUUAAGGUGCAGCUGAAGAUGAAUAACAAAAGGUGAAAACCUGCAAAGGACCAAGUGGCCAGUCUAGACCUGUUUCUGCUGCCAUGGUUUGUCUUACACUAGAAACAAGGACUUUCAAUGCGGUCCAGAAAAGCAUUCAAAGACUGACAACUCAAGCACUUAAGCUGUGUUAAUGGGUGCUCAGGUGGAGACGCCCAGAUAUGAGGCUACUUACCGUAUUUAUUUAAUGUACCUGUAUACAUUUGCUGUUUCAAGUGGGUCAUACAUUGUUGUAAAUGUUGAUGUUUUUAGGCCCUCCUGCUUUUUAUAACUACAUAAAUAGUUACUUUAGGAACAACCCUGAGUCUCACAGCAUGAUGCUUAGAGAACUAAAAUACAGUAACCUCUGGGAAGCCAGACCAUGCAAUUCCCUAGCUUGCUGUAGUCAGAUUACUAUGUAUCUUUCUUGUUGGUUGCUAUGGUUUAUUGUAUAACAUUACUUAUUAGUGUGCGGGGCAAAGUAACAAUGUCUCUGCCCCAAUCUCAUCAUAAUCAUCUUACUAGUGAUUAUUUGCUGUUCCUUCCUUCUCUGCUGCAGUCCACAUUACACCCUGCACUUCAGGGUAUAGAAAAACAUGACAAGCACUGUCACCUGACUGAAAGAGUAAUACCGCUGCUCUUCAGAGUCAAGGACACCUUUAUUUCAGGGCCAGCUGCAAAGAAGAAAGCAGCAGAGAGAUAUGGCAAGAUACGUAUAGGGGGGGCUUGAAGACACACGGGUUCACUUUGCCCUGCAUGAGCAAGGUGACUUUAUCCCUUAAAGGCCUUUGCUUUCCACUGUUCUGGUAACAAAAUAGCUGCAAAGUGCUUAAUACAGUAUGUCCAGUGCAAUCAGCAAUUUAUCAGUCCCUGCCCUGACUCCAAAGAGACAAUCAGUGAGUAGAGGGCUGACCACCAGGAGCUACCUCAUUUACACCACUGGUUUUACUACAGGAAGGAUUUAAUGAUGAGAUACUGGGCUCUGACAACAUUCACUGGGUGGAAUGUCUUGUGCGCAUUUCCUGCCAUUCAGCAUUGCCCCAUUGCUGCCCCUGGUUUGCACAAGGGCCAUGUGAAUCUCAGGCAUGUUACUACUGCCUUUCUACAGUGAUCUUGGUUACCCCCAGCCUGGGUUUGUAACUGAUGCUUUACAAUGUACCCUGAGUUUAACUGCAUCACCACAACAAGUCUGUAGCUAGAUAAAGAGGGGCGGUCCUACAGCAACCAGUAACCUCAGUUCAAACGCCCCUAAUGAUUCCAGUGGCCUCUACUGUGUGCCUGAUGUCUGUUAUUCAGCUACCUAAUGGUUAAAGUUCCUGGCUGAUUAGAGUCACCGCUUAGCUCCUUCAGGUUGGCCAAAUUCUCUGCUUUUUUUGUCAGUGGCCUUUACUGCAGUCACACAAGACUUUAAGGCCAAAUUCACCAAAAUUCUCGUGGGUGCUCAUUACAAAGGGUCCAAGCACAAUCCCACGUCUUCCCCUGUAGAGUCAGUUUUUUGUCUUUGUGCAGCCUUAGAAGAGACCAGGUCACAAUGACCAUCUCAGACUUCCCACAAUUCCUCGCUCAUGAUAGAGGAUACAGUGUCUCUUGCCACAACCUCAGAUGUACAAGAGCCUUUAGAGGAAUAGCCUGCCAUCUCUGGCCUUAUGUCCUUCAGCGCCCUUGUAUAUACAAAGCCCAGUGCAUCUGGAAAAAAAAUAACACUGAAAAAGGAGCCUGGGUCCCACCUGAGGGGGUUGAAAUUGUACUGUUCUCCUUUGGGAAUGAAUUGGUUAGAUGGUGGUCUAUACCCAUGGUGAUUCACCUUAACAGGUAAAUAACCAUGUCAGUAGGGGACAUGCCAGAAGUUGGAAUCCUUCAUCCAGUAUUUCUUGGCAAGCCCUUCACCCCAUUCUGUCUGACAAUCUGUGGCAGAAUGGAUUAAAUGCAGACCUCUUCCUGUCAGAGCAUGUGGAACAGAUGGCUAGAGCCCUGGCUCCUCUGUCCUCCUCCAUUGUGGGAAACUUCAAUGUCCUACUGUCAAGACACAGUCAUCUCCUCAAGGGGAAAAACACCUGCAAGAUCCAGCUGGAGGUGAUGUCAGCCAGCAUGUUUGCCCUCAAUCCCCUCACCAUCAGGCAGAGUUACCAGUUCAUAUUUUGCAUAAGCGUUAGGUGUUGAGGGACCUUUCUCCUUUCUUUUUUCAUUUUACUAACUCCUUACCCCACUGCUGGUCUAGUUCCUUAACUGUUAGCACCUGCGGUUUGUCUUAGACUCUACAAUGCACAUGAAGGACACCUGAGGAGGCCCCAGGGUCUCCCUGGCCUGUCUGCAGGCAAAAACAAAAAAUAGUCUUCUGUUGCAGGUAUCCUCUGACAGGGAAAAGGAAUGCCUUGUAGACUUCAGAGGACCCAUCCACUUGGGGUUAGGUCCCUUUUCCUUGACAGUUUCACAGACUCAUGCAGAUUGCCCAUCUUUCCUUUAUUGAUAAGUCUCCUGUCUUUUGUUCCACAUUUGUUGCAGCUUUGAUGGCCCUGGGGAGUCAAAAACCCUUUGCUUCUUGAAAGUUAGGGCAGGAUGCCUGUUAGGGAACUUGUCCUAGAAGUGCCUACAGUGCAAUGAUGAAUGUACCCUAGCUUCAUCCAUAGCUUUUUCAGGGUUGAAAUCAAUGCACCCCUUCAGUCAUGCUGAUUUUGUGGGAUUGAAUCCUGGGUUCUCAAGUGGCACCUUCACAUCCUUCAGAGGUUGUUUCUGGUCAAACGCAAAGUUCCUCCCUUAAACAUAUUGCUUGGUGAGGUUGUGAUCUGUUCCAUAAAUCUCUCGACGUAUUUUCUCACUCUGUGACCCUUAUAUUGAGUCAGGCGAGUAGAGGCUUAGGGUGUUCCUACUUAGACCUGUGGGUCUUCUUUUCACAAGGACAUUUCUUCUAUGUUCCUUGUCUAGUACCUAAUCGAGGCUUGAUCCCAUUUCGUGUUUAUAUCAAGUGUUGAGGUUUAUGUUCCUGGUCCUUGGUUUGGUGAUCCUUUCCAUUUGAUAAAAUGCUUUCUGAUUGGUGAACCUUUUUUCCUUAGCGUUUGGGCAUCAGGAUAACUGAGCUUCAGCUUUUCCUCCCUCUGGUCAUGUUGGCAGGUUGCCCUAUCAGGCAGUGUUUUGCCUUAUUGUCAGGUUAGGGUAUUGUUCUUUCAGGUGGCUUUUUGGCUGCAGGGAGUCUCAAUUUCUGUUUUUUGUUCAGCCUGUUAGCAGUUGUUGCGGUUUACCCACCACUCAGGUGUACUGGCCAUCCCAACAGUAUAUGACUUUGUCUCAAUGGACAGGAAAGAAUUACUGUAGGGUUUUUGUACUCACUUUAAAAUCCUUUUUUUCCGAGAUCAUUGAUGUACACAGGUCCCUACCCCUCAGUGUUUAUGAUCAUACUGUUGGUACUGCUUAUAUUUUUACUAGCUCAAAAGCACUAAGAUAGCCAGAAAAUAAUUACUGCCAAUAUUGAUUGAUUGCUAAACAGGUGCAGUAGAUCACUAGUAGCAUGUAGUAGUGGUCAACUACCCAUAACUGGAACCUGUAUUCAUACGAAAUUAAGCACUAGUAUAUGCUACUUAUGUAACUUACAUCAUGAAAGUAAUUUGCUCCAGAUGUUUAGGGUUAUAGCACUACUCAUAACAAUUACUGGCUAUCCUAGCAUGACUAAGUUACUCUAAAUCUCCCAUGUAACUGUAAGCUUCGGGCAUUGUCAGUGACAAUUUGUAAACCUAGGAUCCCAUCUGCAGCUAAGCGGUUCAGUGUUUAUUUUUUCGUUACAUGGCAAAGAAUUCUGUGGACUUGGGGGCAUAGCCUGCAGCUGUUGGCCGAUUUAUUGCCCAAGCAUCAUUCAUAACUAAAAUAUUUAACGUGGUUGUAACCUUUAAAUAGUAAUAUAUAAUGUCCAAAAUAAUCAUCUGCUCUAGAUGAAAAUCAAACCUGAAAAGUUUAUACCAAAUAUACAUGCACAAGCUCUGACAGUCACGUUGUGUUAUUUUGCAGCAUUUUAUUGGAAAUAAAAUACUGCAAACAUUUUGGGUUUAAAAUUUGUUUCUAUUUUAAUUGAGAAAAUAAAAAACCUUCUUCCAGCUGUUAAUUAAGCUACUGAGAAGAGUUAGAUUGUGGAAACAAACUAAAUUAUAGAUCUUGAAAGAUAGCAGACAGUAAGGUUCAUUAAAUCUCACAAACUAGAAGGCUCCAGCUUACAAAUACAAUUCUGUAAUGAAUCGCCAUGGAAUUGCAGCUUCUCAUUUCAAAGCACAACUCCCCCGAGGAGAAACUUGUUUUUAAUAAAAAAUAAAUAAAUAAAUCAAAUAAAGCUUUAUCUAGCAGAACCUCAUUGCUCAUCUUUUGACACCAAAGCGUACACUAAAUGUGUUUUCGCAAGGCCUUCCAGGAGUAUACUACUUACAUUCACACCAAACUAAGUCCUGGCAUGAUGUCAUGCUUAUGAAAAUAUUCCAAACAGCAUUGUCUACUGCGAUUUAAACAGCUUCUUUAAAACAGUGUAACAAACUAGAUAAUCAUCCUAAUGAUGCAAAGGGCUCAGGGAAUUUUAGUGGUAGGUCAAAGUUAGAAUAUGUGUAUACCCAAAAACUAAAAUCUCAUGUAAGCUUUAACAUGCUAAUAAUGUAAUUUCAAAAGUAAUUUUCAGUACUUAAAAUAUGCACCUUUCUCCAAAAUACCUGGCGAUCCUUCCAUAAAGGUCCUUGUUCAGGCACUACAUUUUACAGCAUGACAUUUGGUUCCUCUUUCCCGAUUCAGCUAAUGCGUUGUUAUGCUACAACACGUGCUUCCAACAGAAACCACAAGGCAGCGUAUGACCGUCAGGAAUCUCUAGCUGAUAAAUGAAAAUAUACAACAAUCACUGAAGUACAGGUAGGGAAGUGGGUGCAGGAGAUCAUCAGCACCAAGAUGCAACAAAGGAUGAAGCUAAAUCAUUUUAUUUAAAUAAACACUGUGCUUUAGUUGCUCCUCCACCCUGUGGAGGAGCAAUAGAGCCAGCCUUGGACAGCAACAUUUUCAAUCUGUGGAGAGGAUAGUGUUAGGAAAUUUAGAUGAACUUCUAACAAAUUAAAGCAGAACCCCAGGCA